UCGCUGAACAAAGCCCUUAUUUGCAGUGCAGACAUCUUCAACAAUGUGUGAAUGCUUUUAGCUCUGUAAGGUUUUAUACCUCACUUAAAAGGUUUUUAAAAAUGGCAGAGCAUGAAAGCUACAUUUAUCCUAAUGAAAUGUACAGCAAUAGUACAUAUGAAAAUCUGAGCAGGGAAUUAAUAAGCUGGUAUUUAUUACAUCAAACAGCAAUAUGGACUGUUAUUCUUCUAACACCAGUUGUGGUAACCUUUAUAUUACCAUUUUUUAUGCUGGCUUUAGUGUACAUUUCAGCUUUAUAUCUGAAAGCAUAUCGUUAUUAUUAUAAAAUAAAUGGAUAUACGUUCACACCUAAGUGUUGGGAAUCUGCUAGAUCUAUACUUGCAUAUUUAUGGGAUGCUCAAGCAAGGUUUUGGUAUGGUAAGUGUACUUUUAAUGUUAAUUAAUAUUUAAGCAUUUGA